AUGUACUUCUCUAUCCUAACUUCUCUCGUCCUUCUGACCACUUGCACCACCGCGGUGCCUACCACUGUAGAGCCCACUGUGGUCACCUCCUUCCAGCCUUACGACCCCGCCACCGACGCGCUCGCCCACCUUGAGAAACGCGCCUGGCAAGGUUGCAAUUCUGGCGGCGCCUCCAUCGCCACCAACGACAUCGACAUUAUGCGCGACUGGCUCUUCCAGAACGGCGACGUCAUCAUGACUGUAGCAGCAGGACAAUGGCUAGUGCGAGAAUACGGCAGUGCGCGUCUCUGCAUCCUUAACGACGAUCACAGCGCUCAGAAGAACAUCAAGAACUGGGAGCAAGGCUUCAUUACUAAUUACAUUGCGCAUAACAGGCCGGCUGCGCAUCCUGACCUGGGUGGGAUUGACUGCUGCCCUGGAUCCGACUGGUAA